AUGUUACAAAUAAUUAUUUCUCAAACAUACAGCGAUGGAUUUGUAUUGUUAGCAGUUGUUAUUUUACUUCUUACUGUAAUCAAUGGUAUCAUUUCAGUUACUUUAAUGUUUGACACAGUCUAUCAAAAGGCUUAUAAACCAAGAGAACUAUUGUUCAAACUUUCUUCUUUUGAUAUUCCAGAACAAACUAGAUUAGAGAUAAAUAUAUUUUUGGAGAGAUUCGAAGGACCAUCCAUAGGAUUUACGUGUCUAGAUAUUUUUGUCAUCACAAAAGGAACACUUAUAAGUAUGGCGAGUAUCAUACUGACUUAUUUAUUAAUGUACUUGCAAUUUACUCAAACUCGUAUAAGCAUGUUAUUGCAAUAA